AACCACUCCUGCCGAUUCCGGGUACGAAACAAGACCAACGGCGGCGGAGUAUAACACCGGCCAAGCGGACGACUGGCAUGGCAAUCCGGAAGGCGACGAGAUGGGUGACCCGGUACACCGCUUUGACAACUCUGGCGGCCAACAGGUUGCUGGACGCAGUACACGCGGGAAAGCGAAAAGCCGAGCGCAUCUACCGUCUCUUCGAGGCCCAGCACCGACCCCGUUCCAGCCUGUUCCAGCUUCAGCAGCAUGGACAGCAAACGGGAACAUGCAAAACGGACGGCGUUUGUUACCUAAUUUUUGACAAUUCUUGGAAUUUUUAUUUGGGAUCAACGGAGCGAGAACCGCUCACGAGGUGGACCGAGCAUCUCCGAAAGUUUGAAAAACGUGAAAAGUUUCGAUCCAGUCGCGCCCUGUAUUUUCUCACCCUUCGCCACGGACCAAUCGACCACAUGCGUGCAGUCGAGCGGUACCUCAUUGCAACCUACAGCCCUGCCAUGAACAAAGUACACAACAACCACGAAGAUUCGAACCGCAUGCAACUUCCCAAAGAAAUCUUGCAGGACAUGCC